AUGAAGCCGACGCUCGUCCUCAGCCUACUGGUGCUUGUCGCGACGGUCGUCCAGAGCGCUCUCAUCUUUGUCGGCAGCCAGACGUCGCCGACGUCGUCGGUCGGUCUCUCGGUCUUUGCCAACGAAAACGGCCGUCUCCGAAAGCUCUUGCACGAGACGACGGCGACCACGGGCGAGAUGCCCACAUACAUGGCGGCCUCGCACGACGGUCACUUUCUGUACAUGACGAACGAGAUCGACGCGGGCUCCGUCUCGUCGUUUCGGAUUGCGCGCGCCGGUGACAGCGUGGAGCUCAAGCCCCUUGGGACGGCAUCCACCAAGUCCAAGGGACCUGUGCACGUCGCCGUGACCAAGUCGGGUCGUUAUCUUCUUGUCGCGAGCUACUCGGUGGGCAGCAUCACGGUCCUAAGCGUCGAUGCCAACGGCUUUGCAAACACGGUGGUCGACCAAGUGGCGUUUGAAGGCGGUGCCCACGUCGUGCCAGGUCGCCAAGACGGACCGCACGCGCAUUGCGUCGCCUUGAGCCCCGACAACACCUUUGCGUUCGUGACGGACCUCGGCAACGACAAGAUCAUGCAGUUCAAGUUUGAUGCGACGCGCGGCAAGCUCACACCCAACACGCCGGCGUUCGUGGCUGUCGGGCGUGGCGCGUUGCCACGUCAUUUGGCGUUUCACCCGAACGGACGCGAUCUGUACCUCAACACGGAGCAGUCGAACGAGCUCAUUCGGUUCCAAUUCAACGCGACGUCGGGCACUUUGCGCCAGAAGAAGGCGGUCAAGACCACGACGAAAUCGAGUGGUGUCUUUACCGGCGCGCUGCACGUGGCGCCGAAUGGCAAGCACGUGCUCGUGUCGAACCGGUGGGGCAACGACGACAGCCUCGUCGUCUUCAGCGCCGACUUGGCAACGCGCAUCGGAUCGUACCCGACCCAAGCCUCGGGCGCACCCCGGGACUUUACAAUCGCCAACGGCACGGUCUUCGUCGGCAAUGAGAACACCAACAGCAUCGAUAGCUUUACGAUGCACGCGAACGGUCAGCUGACGCACCACCAAGGACAAGCAACAACGCUCUUCAAGCCGCAGGUGCUCCUGCCGUACUAACUGUAAAUGCGUUUUCGACAUCAAUACUAACGAAGACCGCAGAGCUCGUG